UAUCGGCUACGCUAUCUGCAUCAUCGACCUGUACAUGGCAAUGUACUACAACACCAUCCUGGCCUGGAGCGUCUACUACCUGGUGGCGUCCUUCAGGAGCGAGCUGCCCUGGACGACCUGUGACAAUGACUGGAACACCGUGAACUGUACCCUCACUGCCAACGUACACAAUGCCACGGACAAGGCACUGACCGUUUCACCUGCGCAGGAGUUUUUCAACAAAGAAGUGUUGGAGGUGGACAAGUCAACGGGCUUGGGAGACCUUGGCCCCGUGAAAGGAUCCUUGGCACUCUGUCUCUUCUCGGUCUUCAUCCUGGUCUACUUCUCGCUCUGGAAGGGUGUCAAGUCAACGGGAAAGGCCGUGUGGGUGACCGCCCUUCUGCCCUACGUCGUGCUGAUCAUCCUGCUGGUCCGCGGCGUCACGCUCCCCGGCGCCACCAACGGCAUCCUGUACUACCUGACGCCGAGGUUUCAGAUGCUGGAUAAACCGAAGGUCUGGGUCGACGCCGCCACCCAAAUCUUCUUCAGCCUCGGCCCUGGCUUCGGGACCCUCCUUGCCCUGGCCUCCUAUAACAAGUUCAACAACAACUGCUACAGAGACGCCAUCUUGACUUCAUCUAUCAACUGCUUAACGAGUUUCCUAGCUGGGUUUGUCAUCUUCUCCGUUCUGGGUUACAUGGCGCACGUGCAGAGCAAACCCAUCUCUGAGCUUGGGCAGGAAGGUCCCGGACUCGUGUUCACCGUGUACCCUGAGGCAAUCGCUACCAUGACGGGCUCCGUGUUCUGGUCCAUCAUCUUCUUCCUUAUGCUCAUCACACUCGGCCUGGACAGCACCUUCGGCGGCCUCGAGGCAAUGAUAACCGGUCUGUGUGACGAGUAUCCGAGGCUUUUCGGUCGCCACAGAGAAAUCUUCGUUUUCUUCCUCCUCGUCUUUAUCUACGUCUGUGCUCUUCCCACGACGACCUACGGUGGCGUGCACAUCGUCAACCUCCUCAACGUGUUCGGAACCGGCAACCCGAUCCUGUUCAUCGUGUUCGUCGAAGCCACGGCCGUCUGCUGGUUCUACGGCGCCGAGCGAUUCGCAGACGACAUCGAGAGGAUGUUGGGUUUCCGUCCAGGCAAAUUCUGGAUCGCCUGCUGGAAGUACAUCUCGCCGACUUUCAUCUUUGUGUUGUUCGUGUGUUCGUUCGCGCUCAACGACGAGUCCGAUUCCCUGAACUUACCUGGCUGGGGCGUCGUCUUAGGCUGGGUUCUCACGUGUUCUUCGAUCGUCUGCAUCCCGCUCUAUAUCAUGUACAUGUUCAUCGUUACUUCGGGAUCCUUUAGAGAGCGAAUCAAGACGAUGAUAAAACCAGAAGACUUCGUCCCGCCUCACCUGAGUCAAGUGAACUCCUACGGAACACACGUGUAAGAUUCACCGCUUCCCCCUUCCCCUUCCCCCUUUCCUCUUCCUUUAUUCUUCCUUCCUUCUCCUCUCCUCUCCCUCUCCCCUUCCGUUCCUCUAUCUCCCCCUCGUCUUUUCCCCUCUCUCUCUCUCUUUCUCUCUUCUUUUUUUUCAUAUCCUCCUCUCUCUCUCCUUCUGCCCUCUUUCUUCUCCGUGAUUCUUCAUCUCCUCUCUUUUUCCCCCUUUCAUAUCCUCCUCCUCCUCCUUUCCUCUCCCUCAUUCUACACUUCCCUCCCUUUCCUCUCCUUCUCCCUCUCCCCCUCCCCCCUCUACCAGGCCUCCCCCCCUCGCCUCCUUCAGUCUGCAACUGCACCUCGAAGGACCUUCAAAGAAUCGAAGGAUUGCAAGAUUGCACGAUUGCAGGAUAUGUACCGAUAUCAUAUGUAGUGUCAGAGACUUUAACAUAUCAUAAGAAGAAAAAUAAAAUCAACUCAAGAAUCACACAAGAAUAGAAUAAAUAAAAAUCUUGAAGACAGCGCAUCGAUAAUCCGUGUUUGUUGUUGUUAGUUUUUAUUAUUAAAUCCCUUUUUGUUUUUAUUUUUUGUUUGUUUGUUUGUUUUUUCUUGUGCAGCUGUCUUGCAAUGAACAAACCCAAAGGACGCUAUUAUGCGCACAAUAAUUUGCCAACAACAACAACAACUACAACAACAACAAUAAAACAUAUUUCUCUCUGUAGUAUAAACAUGUGCCACCUGAUUUGUAAAUAGAGCAAACCGCAAAUUUGAAUGAAUUGCUUUUGUACAAUGUAAUGUCUGUUGCAGAUAUAAUAUAAUAACUUGUAUUCUGUAAUACGUAUUAAUGUACAGUGUUACAUAUUAGAAGAGAUUAGAAAAAAGAAGGUGAAAGUGUGUUUUAAGUAAAGAGUUUAUGUGUCUAUCGAGAAACACAGCUGUUUCUUUCUUAUAUAUUUCUUCUAAGAGCCAAAGCAGUGGAUUCCAUUUUUAAAAGGCGUUGAUUUUUUUUUUUUUUUUACUGAUGUUAGUACGAACAUUACUGUAACCUAGUGGCAUAACAAGAUCACAUUAUGUGAUAAUUCUACAGUAAGACAUUUUUUUUUUUGCCAAAAUAAUCGAGUGUAAUGAUAAAUGAACGCUAUUAUAUA